UGGACGAGAUUGCUGGCUCUUUGUGCAUUUAUAAUUCUACCCCCAUCCCACCCUUCACCGGCCAACGAUAGGGUGAAACUGACCCCUCAGCGGUUGGGGCUGAGCUGGUCGGUGCCAGCGGAGGCGAUUCGGCAACAGACCCUGUCCCUUUCGAUGCGCCUGACUGACCCUCCGAGCUGUCACCUGUUCGCUGUUCGGCCAAACGAGGCGCACAUGUGA